CAUCGCAUCUCGGAUUCGCACAGCUGCGUGUGCCCACCAGAGUCGUCUGUUCGUUGUGCACGCAGCAGCCCUGAACCGAACUCACACGUCACGAACGCUCGAUCGACGCCAAGAUGCCUCGAGAUCUGGAAUCGGAAAAAGCUACCCUUGAGGGUAUGCCUCCGUUGUCGAAGGAAUCCGAAGCGGGACCGCCUGAUCCGACUCCACUUUACUUUCUCCCCACCGAAGUGAUGGACCCGAAAUUCAAGAAGAUGAAGGACUUGCACCCAUACUCAUUGCUACUCAAUCAAGAAGAUCUUGACGAGUGUGACUGGCUCGAGCAUGUUGCAUUUGACCCGCACGAGGCCGCGUCUAGAGAGAAGCUCGACUACCGACUGCACGUCUGCGGCGAAUUGUGCACCGGAAUAUUCACUUCCUCGUAUGCUACCGCACCACCACCUCUCGGCCCACUCCUCCGCUCACGAACCUUCCCUGGCAUUGACUCUUCUGAUUCCGACCGCAAGAAAGUCCUUCUCGGCCACAUCAUCGCAACCAAACAUGCCGCACCCCUCGUCACGGACGCCUCCAUGGACUUCCCCAAGGACUGGCGCCAAAAGUACCAAAUGACUCCCUCGGCUGGCCACAACGAAGACGGCCAAACCAUCUGCCUCCAUUCACUAGCCAUCCACCCCGACUUCCAGGGCCGCGGGCUCGGCAAGGUCCUCCUAAAGGGGUUUACGCAGCGUAUGAGGGAUAGCGGAGUCGCUAAGAGGGUCGCUCUGAUUUGCCAUGAGCGGUUCGUAGCAUUCUACGAGGCGUGUGGAUAUAGGAAGGUCGGACCUAGCGACUGCACUUAUGCGGGAGGGGGGUGGUUCGACAUGGCUAUUGACUUUGAGGGCUUGAAGGAUGACCCAGACUUCUGAUAAAGGGUCCUGAAGUGCAUACGGCGUUUAGGCGGGUGGGUAAUGAGCGAAGCCACGUUUCUGGGAUGGCAAUAUUGAUUGUGAUGGAGGCUGCGUUCUGGGUUCUUUCAUUGGAUGUGGCAUGAGUAUAUGACGUCUAUGCUGCAUAGGUAAUUUAGAUGUGAAUGUAUUUCAUGGCAGCUAUGACGAGGGAGGAGGUACUAUUCAUACCAAUAAACAAGUGAGUCUCGAAUGCACCUUAUACUAGCUGAAUUCGUUUGGAAUCCUCUUGCAGGACUUCAAGAACAGGAAGGAUGAG